UAAUAAAUGGGCAGUUGUUGUUCGAUGUUUUGGUUUAACACAAAAUCCAUCAAAUGGAAAUUAUUUUCUCGUAAUGAUGGAAAUGGAUAUAGAUUUAAGAAAAUAUUUACAACAAAAUCAUAAUCAACUUACAUGGAAAAAGAGAAUUAAUAUUACUUAUGAAAUAAUUCUUUCACUUUAUCGUAUUCAUAAAGAGAAAGUAAUUCAUAGAGAUUUACAUUCUGGAAAUAUAUUAUAUUCACAAUAUAAUGAUUACUGGUAUAUUAGUGAUCUUGGAUUUUGUGGACCUGCUGAUAAAUCUUCAACAAGUAUAUAUGGAAAUCUUCCUUACAUAGCACCCGAAGUUAUUGUUGGAAGAGGAUAUACUUUUGCAUCUGAUAUUUAUAGUAUUGCAAUGCUUAUGUGGGAAAUUUCAUUUGGACAACCACCAUUUAUGGAUUAUGAAGAUGAACAUAUUCUUGUAUAUAAUAUUAUUGAUGGUAUAAGACCAAAAAUUGUGCCAGGAACUCCGUUAGAAUAUAAAAAUUUAAUGAAAGAAUGUUGGGAUGCUGAUCCAUUAAAAAGACCUGACGCUUAUGCACUUGCGAUUAAAGUGAUAAAACUUAAUUUAUAUUAUCAAAAUAUGUCAGAUGAAUUAUUCAAAUCAGAAAUGGAUAAUUUAGAAGUGAAUAAAGUAGAAGAAAAUUAUACGAGUAGCAGAUUAUUUACAAGUAAAAUUCACAACUUUGGAAACCUACCUGAACCAAAAAACGCAACAGAAGUGUUUCAUAGUAAAUUGUAUGAUUUUAACAUUCCUAACAAUAUUAACGACUUUAAUAAAUCAAAUGAGCAGUAUAGUAAGAAAUUAUCAGGUGAUAGUGAAAAAUUACCCAAAGAAUUUAUAAAUUUGCAAAAUUCAAAUAAUGAUGAAAAAGAAAUAAUUCAACAAAAAAUGAAAAGACAAAAUAUUGGUGAUAUUGAUGAUGAAGACGAAGUAUAUAAUAAUCCAAAUCUUCAUUCGAAAGAACAAGAUGAACUGGAAAUUCCUGAUGGUAAGUUCUUAAAUAAAUGAAUUUUUUUUUUAUAUUUUAAAUUAUUAUCAUUUAUUUAUUUAUUUAUUUUAUCUUGGAGAUUAUUUAAACACUAAGACUACUAGAGUAGUAAAUGUUUUACAAAAUUCUUAGUUUGUAAUUUAAAU